CCUUCCUCUGGGCUCCGGGAUCCGGAAUCGGAAGCCGGGCGUUCACCGGAGGUCGGGGCUUGGGGCCCACCCCGGGGCCGGGUCUCAGGAUCGGAAUCUCGAAAUCUGGCCGGCGCCAGUCACUGCACUCAGUCACUGCUGGUCACUGCCGGUUAUUCCUGGCUACAAAAACGCAAUCCCCCCUCGCGCCGGAAUGAUUGAUACUGCCAUCCUCAAAGCAAUAUCAACACCACUUCUUCCACUUCUUUCCGCGGAAGACUUGCAGUCCACUCUUCUUGUCUUGUGCUGUUUGGCCGAGCCACACCGUCAGACGCAUAUACAAUCGUACACGUCAAUUGCAGAGGACACCAGAAACCUGAAUCCGGGCACCAAACAUGGACAGACUCACCAGCUCAACCAACGUCAGUGCGCCGCAAGCAUCAUCAGUUCUGUCGAGAUACAUCUACGACACCUCGUCUGUACAAGAAAGGUUGUUGCAACCGAUGCAAAAAACAGCAGCCGAUCGACUUGCCGAGCUCACAGCAUCGAUCAACGCAAGCGCAGCAGCUUUGUCAACAUCGACACCUAAUGUCGGAUCGAGUUCCAGGCUCUGAGACAUGUGGGAGAGCAUCACUCUGUACUUUUCGACUUCAUGUACUUUGCAUUAUCCCCGACACCUUUUUUGCUGUUUUUUACUUUUUUUUCUUCCUUCUGUGCGGCGU